CUGGUAUUCAGGUAUCUACUUAUCUAGCCAAUUUGAUUCUAGCAAUUUAUUUCUCCUUCAACAACCCAACAGCAAGCGAACUCUCUCCACUCUCACUUUCACCUGAUCCCCAUUUUCAGCCUUUAUUCUCCCAACAAAAUUAAGCCAAAAAAAAAAAAAACAUCAUCUCUCUCUGUUACAGGAUCACAUGGAUGCCACUGAGGUUGAAUCACAAGAACCCAGUAGACCAGAAAAUGUUCUUGAACCCAGAAAGCCUCGUCUCAACAAGUAUGCUCUUGCUUGCGCUCUCUUGGCUUCCACUACCUCCAUCUUGUUAGGCUAUGAUAUUGGUGUGAUGAGUGGUGCAGUAAUUUUCAUUAGAGAAAAUCUGAAAAUCAAAUCAACCCAAGUAGAGAUUUUGGUGGGUAUCCUGAAUGUAUGUUCGCUUAUAGGCUCGUUGGCUUCAGGGAAAACUUCAGACUAUUUAGGUAGACGAUACACUAUAGUUCUAGCUGCAGCCACCUUUCUAAUAGGUGCACUUCUCAUGGGUCUAGCACCGUCGUUUCCUUUCCUCAUGGCCGGUCGUAUCAUCGCCGGAAUAGGUGUCGGUUACUCUCUCAUGAUCGCUCCGGUAUACACUGCCGAGGUCUCUCCUGCUAUGACUCGUGGACUCCUUACUUCUCUCCCUGAGGUCUUCAUUGUUUUUGGAAUUCUGCUAGGUUAUAUCAUCAACUACGCUUUGUCAGGUCUACCACAGCACAUUAACUGGAGGCUAAUGCUAGGUAUAGCCGCGAUCCCAUCUUUAGUCAUCGGCGGUGGAGUUAUGGCAAUGCCGGAAUCACCUCGGUGGCUUGUAAUGAAAGGUAGAUUGGAUGAGGCAAAGAGUGUGUUAAUCAAAGUAUCGGAUAGUGCAGAGGAAGCUGAGUUUAGACUCGUUGAAAUAAAAAAAGCAGCUUCUUUUGGUUCAGGCCACGGAGAUUCUUCAACUACAAGAUGGCAUGGACAAGGGGUUUGGAAAGAACUUCUGUUAAGGCCAUCUCCGGCUGUUCGCCGGAUGCUUAUUGCAGCUAUUGGGAUCAAUUUUUUCAUGCAAGCUUCAGGGAAUGAUGCAGUUAUCUACUACUGCCCUGAAGUGUUCAGAGCUGCAGGAAUCCACAGUAAGAAAUUGUUAUUUGGCGUCAAUGUGAUCAUGGGAUUUGCUAAAACUUUCUUUGUUUUAGUAUCGGCUCUAUACCUGGACCGAUUCGGAAGAAGGCCUCUUUUGCUGUUGGGUUCCUCGGGGAUGGCGGUUUCGCUGGUGGUGUUAGGCUUGGGAUCUAAGUUUCUUGAGCACUCAAACAGCAAGCCAGUGUGGGCUAUUGUGAUAUGUAUAGUAGCUGUCUGUGGGUUUGUUUCUUUCUUUUCUAUUGGGCUUGGACCCAUUACAUGGGUCUACUCAUCGGAGAUUUUUCCGUUGAGGUUACGGGCUCAAGGCUCUGGGUUGGCGAUAUCGGUGAAUCGGUUGGUGAGUGGGGUGUUGUCUAUGACGUUUCUGAGUUUUGCCGAGAAGAUAACGUUUGGAGGAGUGUUUUUUGUGCUUGCUGGAAUAAUGGUAGUUGGGACAGUGUUCUUUUAUGUGUUUAUGCCCGAGACUAAAGGCAAGACCUUGGAAGAGAUUGAGGCUCUUUUUGAAUGACUGUGACAAGGGUUUAUAAUAUGGAUUGUUGCACGUCCAAAUUAAUUAUGGUGGUUUUUACGUAAAUUUCACUGUAAAUAUUUAAAAUAUAAUAAUUACACAUAUAAUUAUAAAUAAAAAAAUCGAUGCAAUA